UUCCUGAUUUAUACAUACUUUUGCCAUUUCUUCUGCUUAUCAACAAAUAUUUUUGGAUAAUGUUAACGAAGUCGGGAUAAUGAUCAAUCGUACCUAACCCACCGUAAAUAUCCCAAUAGAAAUCCAGGGCAUUUUUUUCACUGGUCCUCACUGAAUGGGCUUCUAUUAGUCUCGGGUUUCUAUAAUAAUAUUUUCGGUAAAUAAAUUUCAAAAUUUUCAGACGUUGCUAGGUAUCUCAAUGAGAUGCGCGUUUGCUUUUUACUUUUAACUGGAACGGUCUACAUUUUACUCGGUAUUUAUUUUGUCUGUUGGUGUGUCCGUAGAAAUAGACGGCGUGUUGGUAACCCUGCAAAUAAUUCUUCUGGAAGACGAUUGCCUAAUCAUAGAUGGGGGGAUUUACAGGGUGCCGAAUAUGAAAACGCCAUAACAGCUCAAACAACAAACAUUGGCCAAACAGCCUCAGAUGAUUUGGUUUCUGUUAGAAGCGAUGGUGCAGUGCCUGGGGGCAAAACAAAUUUAAGUUCACAAUUUGGAGGGACGGGACAACAACACGGGUUGGGCUCUGGAAGUGGACCUCCACCCUUUGGAAUGCCUGGAAGGGGAACAGCAAAUAGACAGGCAGCACCUUCUUUUAUGCGUCAUGGGGGAAGUGGAGUUGGAAUUGGCUCUAUGCCUAAUCAUAGGUUGGAAUUGAGAAAAUAUAGACAAAAUUGGGAAUUUAGGGGAAAAUGCCUUAAUAAAUGAUAAUUUUGUGAAUACUAAACACGGGUUGAGGAUCUCUAGUAUCGAUAGCAAUACUUAAUAAAUAACUCUCGUUAUAAUUACACCUGCUAAAUGAGCAAAUCUCUCGAAUUCUUCGUCUAUGAUUUUUAAGAUUUUAAUUUUUUUGGUUUUGUGAAAUAAAAGAUAAUACCGUAUAUAGUCAAGUAAUCACAUAAUUAAUAAUUGUUUGCUCUUGAUCGAUGGAAUAACAGAAAGGAGGAAAUUAUGUGAGGUUAAUUAUUUAUAUGAAGAGCGGAGGUCUAUCAGAGUUCCGAUUUCCGAAAAUUUAGGCUGAUUUUCUAUUUCCAAGUUCCUACUUUUGAGCCAUUUCCAAUAGUUCCGAUUUCAUCAUUUCCAUUCUACCUCGAGGUAGAGCCAGUCGGUGCAUUUAUAACGAGAGUUGU